AUGAAUGGUGACACUCGGGCUGCAGUGGUGACCUCACCACCCCCGACCACAGCCCCUCACAAAGAGAGGUAUUUCGACAGAGUGGAUGAGAACAAUCCAGAAUACUUGCGAGAGAGGAACAUGGCACCAGACCUUCGCCAGGACUUCAACAUGAUGGAGCAAAAAAAGAGGGUGUCCAUGAUUCUGCAAAGUCCCGCUUUCUGUGAAGAAUUGGAGUCAAUGAUACAGGAACAGUUCAAGAAGGGGAAGAAUCCCACAGGCCUUUUGGCAUUGCAGCAGAUUGCAGAUUUCAUGACCACAAACGUACCCAAUGUCUACCCGGCAGCUCCACAGGGGGGAAUGGCGGCCUUGAACAUGAGUCUUGGUAUGGUGACUCCUGUGAAUGACCUGAGAGGGUCUGAUUCUAUUGCCUAUGACAAAGGGGAGAAGUUACUGCGGUGUAAACUGGCAGCGUUUUAUAGACUAGCGGAUCUCUUUGGAUGGGCUCAGCUUAUCUACAAUCAUAUCACAACCAGGGUGAGCUCUGAGCAGGAGCACUUCCUCAUCGUACCUUUUGGACUUCUCUACAGUGAAGUGACUGCGUCCAGUUUGGUUAAAGUCAAUCUACAAGGAGACAUGGUAGAUCGUGGGAGCACUAAUCUGGGAGUGAACCAGGCUGGCUUCACGUUGCAUUCCGCCAUUUAUGCUGCACGCCCGGAUGUGAGGUGUGUUGUGCACAUUCACACACCAGCUGGCGCUGCGGUCUCUGCGAUGAAGUGUGGCCUCUUGCCCAUCUCCCCGGAGGCACUUUCCCUUGGAGAAGUGGCAUACCAUGAUUAUCAUGGGAUUCUGGUCGAUGAGGAAGAAAAAAUUUUAAUUCAGAAAAAUUUGGGGCCUAAAAGCAAGGUUCUUAUUCUCCGGAAUCACGGUCUUGUGUCUGUUGGAGAGAGCGUUGAGGAGGCCUUCUAUUACAUCCACAACCUUGUGGUUGCGUGUGAGAUCCAGGUUCGAACUCUGGCGAGUGCGGGAGGGCCAGACAACUUAGUCCUCCUGGAUCCUGGAAAGUACAAAGCCAAGUCCCGGGUCCCCGGGUCCCCGGCAGGGGAGGGCAGCGGAUCACCGCCCAAGUGGCAGAUCGGUGAGCAGGAGUUUGAAGCCCUGAUGCGGAUGCUGGAUAAUCUGGGUUAUAGAACUGGCUACCCUUACCGGUACCCUGCUCUGAGAGAGAAAUCUAAAAAAUACAGCGAUGUGGAGGUUCCUGCCAGUGUCACAGGUUACUCCUUUGCUAGUGACGGUGAUUCGGGCACGUGCUCCCCUCUCAGACACAGCUUUCAGAAGCAGCAGCGAGAGAAGGCAAGGUGGCUGAACUCGGGCCGGGGCGACGACGCGUCUGAGGAGGGGCAGAGCGGCGGCAGCCCCAAGGCGAAGACUAAGGUGUGGACGAGCGUUGCACACGAUCGCGUGAAACCCUUGCUGCAGUCUCUCUCGUCCGGUGUCUGCGUGCCAAGCUGUAUUACCAACUGCUUGUGGACUAAAGAGGAUGGACACAGAACUUCCACCUCUGCUGUCCCUAACCUGUUUGUUCCAUUGAACACUAACCCAAAAGAGGUCCAGGAGAUGAGGAACAAGAUUAGAGAGCAGAACCUGCAGGACAUUAAGACGGCUGGCCCCCAGUCCCAGGUGUUGUCUGGUGUGGUGAUGGACAGGAGCCUUGUCCAGGACGCACCCCUCUCUGACUGUACGGAAAGAAUCGAAGGGCUCGAGCGUACAGAGCAGACCUUUAGUCCCGCUAAGUCUCUCUCUUUUAGAAAGGGCGAGCUAGUGACGGCCUCCAAGGCCAUCAUUGAGAAGGAAUACCAGCCACACGUCAUAGUGAGCACCACCGGCCCCAACCCCUUCAACACGCUCACAGACCGCGAGCUGGAGGAGUACCGCAGGGAGGUGGAGCGCAAGCAGAAGGGCCCCGAAGAGAAUCUGGAUGAGCCGAGAGAAGAGCGAGAGAAUAGCCCUCCGGAGCCGCACACGCCUCCCAGCUCCCCUGUCCAGCUGGGGGAAGACCUGCCGCGGGAGCCGCCCUCCGGAGAUGACAGUGACGCCGCCACCUUCAAGCCGACUCUGCCCGACCUGUCCCCCGAUGAGCCUUCAGAAGCGCUCGGCUUCCCGACGUUGGAGAAGGGAGAGGAGGAGGGGCUGGGUGAAGCCGGGGGCCCUCCAAGCCCCCCUGGGUCUCCCACCAGGUCCCCCCUGGCGGCCAGCCCCGAGCCAGCCCCAGCCCAGGCAGCUGAGGAGGCCGCCUCCCCAGCGGCCGAGGACCCUGGCAGUGAUGGGUCUCCGGGCAAGUCCCCGUCCAAAAAGAAGAAGAAAUUCCGCACCCCUUCCUUCCUGAAGAAGAGCAAGAAGAGGAGCGACUCCUGA